CCCAGUUUAUAUUUGACAAGCAUUCACUGGAGGCUCUCUCGGUUCGUUCGAAGCCGCCGCUGUCGCUCCUUCCUCGCCUGCCGAAGAGAUCUUGAUCGAGAGGGAUGGAGGGGGAAGAAGGAUCCGAAUCGAAGCAGCACCAUCUUUCCGCCGGAACGUUAGAUCCGGUCUCCCAGAAGAAGCACGCCGCGAUGCUCGACCGCCUGGCCACCCUCCACCAGUCCCGCCUGCAGCAGUCGGCCGCACGAAGCGCCGCAGCCGCCGCCGCCUCGCCCGCCUUCGAGUCCGUGUCCGCCUUCCUCGACCGCUUCGCCGAAUCCAGGCGCUCCAUAGAGACCGACCUCCAGGGCUGCCGCGCCCUCGCCGCCGACCCGGCGUCGGCGGCCCGCCUGAAGCCCGAGCUGGAGAAGUUGGCUGCCUCCAUCGCCGACCUGGACCGGCUUGUCGCCGAGAACUCCUACUUCUUGCCGUCGUACGAGGUCCGAUCCUCCCUAAGGGCGAUCUCCGCUCUUAAAGAGUCACUGGAGGCGGCAAACUCCGAGCUUUUGCCCAGGAAAAAGUUCUCUUUCAGAAACAAGGCUUCCAAGAAGGAUCCAACCUUUUUGGUCAAAGAAGUCGAAGAGGCGAAGGUCUCUGCGCCGGGAAAGCCGGAUCUUGCGGUCGUCCGGGAGACACCAGGAUUCCGGAACAAGGAGGGCUCGAUCUUGAUCAAGCAUUUUAGGGUUUCCGAAGAGGGGGAGGGCGAUUUCACUCUCGCCGACCUCAAUUCUUGCGAGAUCUACCUUCGAGGUCGGCUUCGGGCUCUCUUCAUUCACCGGCUUACCAAUUGCCGGGUCUUUGCUGGUGCUGUUCUGGGAUCGAUCCUCAUCGAAGAGGUGAACGAUUGCUUGCUCAUGCUGGCGUCGCACCAGAUCAGAAUCCACCAUGCCAGAGCGACCGAUUUCUAUCUCCGGGUCCGAAGUCGACCCAUCAUCGAGGACAGCAGCGGAGUGAGAUUUGCACCGUAUCGGCUGUUCUACGAAGGGAUCGAGGAGGAGCUGAGAGACUCCGGACUGGAGGAGGAAACGGGGAAUUGGGCCAAUGUGGAUGACUUCAAGUGGUUAAGAGCGGUGCAGUCUCCGAACUGGUCUGUGAUACCGGAGGAAGAACGUGUGCAAACCAUGAAUGCAUCAGAUGCCACCGAGGAGCCGUGUGAAGAUAAGCAGUAGUAGUUCAGCAGCGCAGCUUAGAAGAAGCAUUGUUAAUCUGCUUUUUACACUGAAGAAUUUGUUUGUCUUGAAGCUUUGUUGAAUUCAUUUGCGAGGCAGCCAAUUGAGAGGUGAAGGAAAGGAGGAUCUAUCUUCCUUUGUUUUGUUUGCUAUUAUGAUGAAUUAUAUGCAUUCAAAGUUGCAUCA